AUGCAGGUUUCACUCAUCCUGGAAGACAACAUCUUGUGGUGGUUGAUGGUCGCGACUCACUUCCCGCUUGCUGGAUCUAUGCGAUGCCUCGUUGAUGAAGGGCAAGAAGAACAUCCAAUGAUCUCGUCAGAAGACUUUCCUUCAUGUGAGGUAUACUAUUACUUCGAACGCAGAGGCGGUGAGGUUUUUGGGAAGCGGCUGAAUUAUGGAGGAGGAGAUAUUGUAAGAAAUAUCUUUCUUAUACACUGA